CCUUCUCCUCCUCCUCCCUCUCCUCCCCUCCUCCUCCGUCCCGGUUUAAAAGCAUUUAGUCCCUCAUUAUCACCCUCAUUUUCUCUCUCGUUAUCCCCACAGUCUCUACUGAACGAUGGCUCCCCCCGCCAUCACCCUCGUCGCUACCGUCCUCGCGACCACCUCUCUCGUCGCGGGCCAUGCCAGCAUCUGGCACAACAGUGCAUUCGGUUUCAACGAAAGCACGGCCCCGAACCGUCUCCUCGACCCUCUCAUGGCCAUGAAUUUCGAUGAAUGGUGGUUCCACGGUCACCUCGACAAACCUCCCAACGAUGGCGACUUUAUGGAACUUCCAGCCGGUGGAACCGUCCACUCUGAAAUCGCAUGCGACAAGGGAUACACAUCCUGGUACAACUCCUCUGACGGAGGCGACAUUCGUUCGACUGACCAGCCAGACUAUCCCUGCCCUGGUCAAGACCUCUCCGAGUUCCACACAACAGGCAUCGACGACCUCGGUGGCUGCGCCCUCGCCAUCGCCUACGAAUCCGACGCGACCGCCGUCAAGCCCGAAGAUUUCGCCAUUUUCAGCGUGAACCAGACCUGUGUGUGGACGCUGCAUACCGAUUUCCAGGUUCCGGCUGCGAUGCCAGCUUGCCCGGAGGGAGGAUGUACUUGUGCUUGGUUUUGGAUCCAUACGCCCGAUUCGGGUGCGGAGCAAAUGUACAUGACCGGCUUCAAAUGUCAAGUCACAGGCGCGUCGUCCACCACGCCCAUUGCGACUCCUCAACUCGCCCGUCGUUGCGGUGCGGACCCCUCGCUCGGCCGUGCGGAGGCUACGCCCAGUAACUGCACGUAUGGUGCUAAGCAGCCUUUCUACUGGUACCAAAAUGAGGGCAAUACCUUCUUCGAAGACACCUACCACCCUCCUCUGUACACCGACCUCUACAACUUCCUCGACGGUGCUCAGGAUGAUAUCUUCGAAGGCGCGGCGACGACCACCGGCUCGUUCUCCACUGCUUCUGUUUCCUCUACGGACUCGGCAUCGUACAGCGCUACGGACUCGGCAUCGUACAGUGCUACGGAUUCAGGAUCGUACAGUGCCACCGACUCGUACAGCGCCACCGACUCAUCGUCCUACUACUCCUCCACCGCGGACUCGUCAUCGUACUACACUCCGUCCGACACCUCGACCUACGUCGCUCCUUCGUCCACAUACACCCCUCCCGCCUCUUCUUCCCCAGCCUACACUCCCCCCGCCGACACCUCUUCCUCCGAAAUAGCGUCUUCCUCCCCGGCGUACACUCCCCCUGCCUCCUCCUCCCCAGCCUACACAUACACGCCUCCCGCAGACACCUCGUCGGCCGCCGCCUCCACCACCGACGCCCCCUCCGCCGCCCCAACUUCCUCCUCCCCAGCCUACACUCCCCCCUCCCGUCCCUCCUCCGGCGUCUCCAAGCGCUGGAACCCCUCCGCGCAACCCACAUCUCCCGCUAUGGCACGUUACCUGCAUAGCCGUAGUAGACAUGCAAGGAUGAGCGGUGGGGAUACGUGGGGCAGCUGGGGGAGUAGGAGGGGGUUCUCGGAGAGUGAGGAGGAGGAGGUGGAGGUUUAGGUUUAGGUGGGUUAGGUUGAUCCGCUCGCCGGUGCUGUUGAUAUACCCUUCUUUCGUUCACCGCCUGUUUGUUGUAUGGCUUGGUGGUUUUCCCGUCCGGUUUGCUUCGUUGCUAUUUCGUUUCUGGGAUGUGAUCGAUCGCUGUUGUUCGUUGUGCGUUCAUAGUGUAGGCCAGGCGCGUUCCCUUUUCUCUUUCUACCUUGAAUCCUACGUUUUAGUUUUUGCGUCGGUUCGCCGCAUCUUUAUUCGCUCUUCGUCUUUCGCACCUGUCUUUGCUCUUUGCUCUUUCUACCUUCCAGAUGCUCUAUAUUGCGUGUCGCACUACUCCGCCCGGUCGGAGCCCGGUGCCAGUACUUACGCGGAAGUACGAUAACUAACAGACAUACUUACAUCUAUUCCAGACAUAAGUAAACAUACACAUUACAUACCCCACUCUCUUGUUACGGGUUACAUACGGUUCGUUUUGCAAGGUGUGAGAUGGGAGAGGCGAGAUGUGGGACGCUUGAUGCGUCUUGAUUUCAGCAUGUCGUAGUGUUCCGAUCGUGCAUGUCUCAGUCCCAGCCAGGUUGCAACUAUUG